UACCAAUCUUUAAUAAUUUAUUAUUACACAAAACUCUUGUGUUGUGUGUAUGUAGUAGUGUAAGUGAGUGAGUGAGUGAGUGUGUUUUGCUUUCCAUAUUACUCAAUUCAUUAAUUCUCUCUCACUACUGAUAGAAGAAAAUGCUCUUUGCCUCCCCAAACUGGUCCUAAUUAUUUCUCUCUUAAUAUAUAUAUAUUUGCCUUUUUGUCACACUGUGUGUUUUGUUUUUUCAGGUACUCUUUUGUAUAUGUUUUGAGGGCCUAGCUAGCUAAUUUCAUCUCUUUCUCUCUCUCUCAUCUCUCUCUCUGCUGCAACAACUAUAGCUAUAGCUAUAUAUAGCUAGGGUUUCUCUGGCCACUACAGCUGCCUGCUCUUAAUUCCCACUCGAUCACAUCCAACAGUAUCUUUUAUUUCAUUCACUACUUCAAUUUCCCCCUUCUUAUCAUUUUCAAUCCAAAUAUACAGCAGAUCUUGAAAGAGUUCUCUCACACGAAGGAUAAAUAUAAAGAUUCAGAUGGCUUCAUCAAGUAGCUACUCCAACUCUCCCUGCGCAGCUUGCAAGUUUCUUAGGCGAAAAUGCAUGCCAGACUGCAUAUUCGCGCCGUAUUUCCCUCCUGAAGAGCCACAGAAAUUCGCAAACGUCCACAAAAUAUUUGGGGCCAGCAAUGUGAGCAAGCUCCUGAACGAGGUCCUCCCUCACCAGAGAGAGGACGCUGUUAAUUCUCUGGCCUACGAAGCCGAGGCCAGGAUGAAAGAUCCUGUCUACGGCUGCGUAGGCGCUAUCUCAGUCCUCCAACGCCAAGUCAUUCGCCUUCAAAAGGAAUUGGAUGCGACCAAUGCCGAUCUCAUGCGCUACGCCCGCACCAUAGACCACCAUGGUUCGUCUCAUUCUUCUUCUGCUAACAGUUCCAACCAUUAUGCAACCACUACUCAAAACUCAUCCUUCUAUUUCACCAAUUCUCCAUGGAGCUGUACUGAUGAUCCAUGUGGAGAUCAUCACGGCCACGGAGGUGGUGGAGGUAAUAAUAUGUAAUAAUUAAUUAAUUAAUUAUAAUAAGCUAUAUAUGUAUACAUAGCUUAUAUUAUUUAAUUACUAGCUAGUUACUAUAAGUACGGCUUGGUGGAUAGGGGUAGCUUAUCAUGAUCGAUGUUUGUUUGAUGAUUGAUCAUCUACAUGUAAAGAAUAAUUUUGUUGUUGCUUUUUUUAAUUUAUAUCUUAUCAACUAUGUAGCAUGAUUGAGUUUAGAGAGUAGAGCAGUAGUACUAUACUACUGGUUGUAUUACUAUUUUUGAUCAUGACUAGAUCAAUCUACUA